AUGAGAAUCUUUUUACCAGCUAUUGAGUAUCCCAACAAGGAGUCCUUCGAAAUAUACCGUUACCAAACUGGUGGUCCCCCAAUAGGUUCGAGAAUCCAACAGAAGAAGAUGUGGGGAAACACACGUACACUGAACUCAUGUCCUACAGUCCUAGUAUACAAAGAUCGAGAAAGGACUAGGCCUACAAAGGACCAUGUGCAUCAUUUGAUAGAACAAUGUAUAGUAUUCAACAUGGGCAAAGAAGAGUGUAUGGAUGCUCUGUUCAAGCAUGCUAAUAUCGAACCUAUCAUCACUUCCACAGUGUGGAAGGAGCUAAAGAAAGAGAACAAAGAGUUCUUCGAGGCAUACGAGAGAAGAAGAGAAGAAAUACCAACCGAGAAAGAGACAGCUCGAAGAAUUCAAUACUUGCUUUCACGAACUUCAAUCUAAGAUCACGACACCUACUUGCUUAUACAUAUAUGCAUGUGUGUAUGUAUGAAUAAACCGAUUCUAUAUAUGCUUUUGCAAUUAUGUACUAUUAUUUUCUGUAGGGAAUGAAUAAUUUUCACCAAUAGGAAAAUCCCCUUUUCA